CCACCUACCUCACGCGUAGGCAACUUCCGGUACCCAGUUCACACGCUUGUACGGCGGGCUUUCCCUUACAUUAUGAAAUAUAUACGAUAGGGCGCUUAAUAUUUUCAGAAAAAACUUUACGGUGCGAUUGUUUUAAACAAAUCGUUUAAAACAGACCCUGGUCUAUUUGAGUUGGCAGAGAGCGGGGAGCCUGCGCCUUGCCAGGCAUAAAGCAGCGCGGCAACAUGAAGCUAACAGACAAUGUGCUGCGGAGUUUCAGGGUCGCUAAGGUUUUCCGAGAGAAUUCGGACAAAAUCAACUGCUUUGACUUCAGUUCAAAUGGCGAAACGGUGAUAUCGAGCAGCGACGACGACUCUAUUGUCUUAUACGACUGCCAGGAGGGGAAACCCAAGCGAACUCUCUACAGUAAGAAAUAUGGCGUGGAUCUCAUCAGAUACACACACGCCGCCAAUACGGUUGUCUACAGCUCCAACAAGAUUGAUGAUACAAUACGGUACUUGUCUCUUCAUGACAAUAAGUACAUUCGUUACUUUCCUGGGCACAAUAAGAGGGUUGUUGCUCUGUCCAUGUCCCCUGUUGAUGACACAUUCAUCUCUGGCUCCUUGGAUAAAACAAUCCGGCUAUGGGAUCUUCGCUCUCCCAAUUGUCAGGGUCUAAUGCAUCUUCAGGGGAAGCCAGUGUGUUCAUUUGAUCCUGAGGGUCUGAUAUUUGCUGCAGGAGUUAAUUCAGAGAUGGUCAAACUCUAUGACUUGCGCUCAUUCGAUAAGGGCCCAUUUGCUACAUUUAAGCUGCAGUACGAGCGUUCAUGUGAGUGGACCGGCCUGAAGUUCAGUAACGAUGGUAAACUCAUUUUGAUCUCCAGCAAUGGUGGAACACUCAGGCUGCUCGAUGCUUUCAAAGGUGCUGUGCUACAUUCAUUUUCGGGCUACAACAACAGUAAAGGUGUGGUUCUGGAAGCUUCCUUCACCCCAGACUCUCAGUUUGUCAUGAUUGGUUCGGAGGAUGGUAAAAUCCAUGUGUGGAAUGCGGAGAGUGGAAUGAAAGUAGCAGUGUUGGAUGGGAAACACACAGGACCCGUCACCUGCCUACAGUUUAACCCCAAAUUCAUGACCUUUGCCAGCGCCUGUUCUAACAUGGCAUUCUGGUUACCAACAAUAGAUGACUGAUGAAGAAGCUGUGCACUGAAGAAUUUAAGUUUGACUGUUUUUGUGAUCCAGCAGAUGUCAGCAUUUGCACUGCCUCUGGAUCACUGGGACUGCUUUUUGUGGACUGUAAAUAGGCUGACCCUGAGGCCAUAUUGUUGCUUUUUUCCAUUUUAUACCUCUAUCAUUAAAUCAUGUUCUUUUGUAAAUUUGGUGUUAUCAGUGCUGUGCAUUCAUUUAAGAUGAUUUUGUUUACCCUCAAACGGGUCUUGGGUAAGGGUUUUGGUUUGUGUCAGAAAUAAGUGCGGUCAGGAGAACUGUUUUGUAAGACGUGUGCUCAAUAAAUAUUUAUGAACACUAAUGGAAGAAACAAUCUGAAUGUUGGUUUUGGAAGGUAUGUUCUAGACCAAAAUGGCUAAAACUUAAUUGGAUAAAGAAGUGGCAAAAAGUAUUAUGAUUAUUUCUCUUUACUGAGCCAUGGAAAUAAUAAUUCUAAUGUCAUAAUUCUAAUAGUCUGGUGUGUCAAUUGACCAGCAAGGUGUAUUCCCAGAUACUUAAAAUACUCCUCCAUCAUUACAGGUGAAUUAACAGUGGACCUACCCUGAUUUCUAAACAAAGUUGAUCACAUAUCAACCUGGGUAAAUUCUGUGGUUUUGUCAAAUCAUUGCUUUAGGACUCAAAAAUCAUGUGCAUCCUGGUGUUUAACUCGUGCUAAAGAUUAUAAUCUCAUUCUCCUUUCUUACUAAAUCAAUUUAUAAAACCAGGAGUACACUGCCCAAAAAUAUUUAUAUUUAUGCAAAUGUAAAUAUGCAGACUUUCUACUGCAAAUUCAUCACCAGGUUUUAAACUUGUAUACAAUUUCUGCUGAAGUUGUAGAUUGUAAUAUGGUGUUAUUUUAUUUGAGUGGCACACUGCUGUUUUCUCAGUGCUGGCUCAUUUUUCAUUAUUCAUGUUUUAUGAUUACAGGAAGUGGGGAAAAUUGUCCAAAGUAUGAAUUUGUAAUAUGUGUCCAGACAUUCAAAAAAAAAGGUUAAAGAAAGCAAUAUUAUUAAAUGCAUUAAAUUUA